UGGGCAGGCUACGAUGCAGUCGACGAAAAAUCUGAAUGUAACAGCAGAGAAGCUGGCAGCGGCCGCAGCCAGGGGCCGAGCAAAGGAAGUGCGGGAACUCCUGGAAGCGGGGGCGGACCCCAACGUGAGGAGCCGGUUCGGCCGGAGCCCAAUUCAGGUGAUGCAGAUGGGCAACACGGAGGUGGCGGAGCUGCUGCUGCAGCACGGCGCGGAGCCCAACAGCCCGGACCCCACCACGCUCACCCAGCCCGCUCACGACGCCGCCCGCGAGGGCUUCCUGGACACCCUGGUGCUGCUGCACGGGGCCGGGGCGCGGCUGGACGUCCCGGACGCCUGGGGCCGCCUCCCUGUCGACCUGGCUCUCGAACAAGGGCACCACCACGUCGCCAGAUACCUGCGCGCCGCGGCCGGGGGCACUGCCGACCCCGUCCUCAACAAGGGCCCUGCUCUCGGUAGUGGCAAAGAGCCGGAGGGAGCGCUAUCCUUCUUGGAAACCCGAGUCUUUCAGAGAAAAUGAAAGAUUCCGGAAGCGAUGCUUCAGCAAGAACAGCAAGAACUGCGUGCUACCACCAGCUCCAAGCCGCGCACUGAAUAGCCCACGGCCUCACUUUGCUGGUUGGAACCCCGCUGCAAUUGGCGUGCUUUGAGCAGCUUGCCCAUCUAAAUUGUUUAGAUUGAAUUUUGAUUUCCGGGGCAUAAGCUAUGAUUCCAUGUGGCAGUCAUUACUUUUGCUCGAAUUGUACAUAAAUCAUUCCCCAAAGACAAGACGUUACGCUACUGCUUCGGCUCAAUUUAAGAUGCUAUAUAAUCCAAUAAAAUGAAAAGGAC